GGCGGGACCCCGAAGGCGCGAAGAUGAGGGGACGUCGUGGUGUGGAGGAGAUGGCGGCGCGGGGACCCGGAGGCCGCGCUGGAAGCGCUUCGGCCGUUGUCGCGCUGGGGCUGGUGCUGCUCCUCGGGGCCGCCCUGGGCCCCGCCAGGGCUACGGUGUAUUUCCAGGAGCAGUUUCUGGACGGAGACAACUGGCAGAAGAGGUGGAUGUAUUCUGAGUACAAACCGGGCCUUGGGAAGUUUAAACUCACUGCUGGGAAGUUUUAUGGAGAUCCAGAGCGAGAUAAAGGUUUACAAACUAGUGAAAAUUCCAAAUUUUACGCCAUCUCCUCACGAUUUAAACCAUUCAGUAACAAAGGGAAGACUCUGGUCGUUCAGUAUACUGUGAAACACGAGCAGAAGAUAGAUUGCGGUGGGGGAUAUGUUAAAAUUUUUCCCUCAAAUUUGGACCAGAAGAACCUAAAUGGAGAUUCGCAUUAUUACAUCAUGUUUGGGCCAGAUAUUUGUGGAUCUGAGACAAAGAAAGUCCAUGUUAUUUUAAAUUACAAGAAUAAACACCAUCCGAUCAAGAAACUGGUCAGAUGUAAGGUUGAUGGAUAUACACACUUAUAUACUUUGAUUAUAAGGCCAGAUCAGACUUAUGAAGUAAAAAUUGAUAACCAAAUGGUCGCAUCCGGCAACUUAGAAGAUGAUUUUGAUUUUUUGCCACCAAAGAAAAUUAAUGAUCCCACAGUGAGGAAACCCACUGACUGGGAUGAUAGAAUCCAGAUCGAUGAUCCAAAUGACACCAAACCUGAGGAUUGGGAUGAACCUGAAUACAUCAUGGACACCAGUGCUGAGAAACCUGAAGACUGGGAUGACGCUGUGAAUGGAGAAUGGCAUUAUCCUAUGGUCAAGAAUCCUCUAUACAGGGGGGAAUGGAAACCGAGACAGAUUGAUAACCCAAAUUAUAGAGGGGUUUGGCCUCAUCCGCAGAUCGACAAUCCAGAUUACUGGCCAGACUUCAGUAUCUACAGCUACGAAAAUAUUAGUGUCAUUGGACUGGAUAUCUGGCAGGUGAGAGCUGGCACAAUUUUUGACAACUUCUUGAUAACAGAUGAUGAGGUUUAUGCAGAAGACUUUGGAGAUGAAACAUGGGGAGAAACAAAGGGUCCUGAAGAGGAAAUGAAUCUAAAGCAGACGGAGGAAGAGCAGGAGAGCCAAAGGGUCAUGGAGGAGAAAUACUUUGAGGAGCGGUUUAAGAAAAAGCUGGAGAGAAGCAGCUCUGGGAAGGACAGAGCGGGGGGGCAGACUGCCGACAAGGAGGAGUUUUAGCUCUUGUUUCAAAGAAGUUCACAUUUUUCACAUAAGGAUUUUGAUGCUUUGUUAACAGCUUGUUGAAAUCUGCACCAAGGGAGCUGUAGUAAAACAGGAUUAUUUUUUUUUUUUAAUUCAGUAUUAAAUUUUGUGACUGGUGUCAGUUGUUUAUAAAAAAAUACCGUAACAUAGUUAAAUUCUCUGUAGAAAAGGUUAAUUUUUUAAUUAACUGUAUCUUGACACUUCUAAAAUGUAUUGAAAUCACUUGUAAUAAAGCACUAGGUCUUGGGACUGUUCUACA